CAAAGCUGCUUUGCAUAGAGUGUCAUAUACAAAAGCUAUUUAAAUUACUUAAAUGGAUCAAAAGUUGGACCAGAAAUUUACAAUGGAACUGGAAAUCAUUGAGAAUGGGAUACCAGAGUCAACAAACUUAAUAGCACCAGAUGAUAUUCCAACUAAUAACGAUCCUAUCAGAGCCAUAAGACUUAUAAUAAUGGUGAUCAUAUUAAAUGUUUGCUUGAUUAUGGGAACUGUUCCCAUCUUCCUAUAUAUGAACACGCUUACCGAAGUGAUCAGAGAACGGUUUUUGGACUUUAUACUUGUUAGCGGAGGUCUCAUUUCCAUUCCGAUGUUAUACAGGAUGGGAGAUCUUUCCAAAGGCCGACCUAAUUUCUACUACAUUUAAUCCAUAAUCAACGGAUUUAUGUGAUGCAAUAUGUCUCAAAAUUCUAAUUUACUUUGACUUUAUAUUCAGAUUGUCUUACGAUUAAAAUUCCAUAACAAUCAUA